AUGGGCAUCAUGGUGUCGGUGUGUCGACACAUUGUGGAGCUGGCACCCGCCUGGACCACUCGCCCUGAUGGCAGCAGAUUCGAGGUGAUGCGUCGGAGUGUCCGAGCUGACCUGCGGAUUCAGCUGCCAGCACUCAGCCAGCUCGAUACCAUGCUGCUGACCAUUCUGCAGCACAGCCAAUCAGACGAGUACUACUACGAGGACGAGCUGCCAGAGCGGCCUGCCACUCAUGCCGGGCCGUAUGGGACUGGGGGGAUGAGUGGGCGGAUAGGAGGAGUGGGUGGGGAUGGUGGGGAACGGGGAGGUGGGGGACGGCGGGGAGUGAGUCAUGGGUCUGCACAUGGUUCGGCGCAUGGUUCGGUGCAUGGUUCGGGGCAAGGUUCGGGGCAAGGUUCGUCGGUUCACGGAUCGUCCACACGAGGGUCUUCAGCAGACGAGGAGGAGGAUUUUGCUGAUGAUGAGGGGCAGUACAGCCAGGGAGGGGAGUUUGAACACAGAGGUGCGUUGCACACAGGAAACACAGGAGACACAGGAGGGUCAGGAGGCUCAGGAGACGGAGGGGACAGGGGGGACAGGGGAGAGAGGGGUUCAGGGCACUACAGACGGCUCUCCUCCCCUGGGUUUGAGGCAGAGAGGCGGGGUAGUGAAGAGGACUUGAUACAGCAGCGGGGCGGAGGAGGGGGAGGAGGGGAGGCCGAGGAUGCGUGUAGCAGUGGGAGCAACACAGGGAGCAACGCAGGGAGUAACACGGGCAGCAGGGAGGGGUCGAGUCCGAACCCCGGGUCAUCAUCCUGGGGGUUUCAUCAGCGGUCCAGCAGCACAGCUGCUCCUGCUGCUCCUGCCUCUUCCUCAGGUGUUCCUUCAGGUGCUUCUCCAGGGUCGGGGGGCAAGCGGCGGGUGUCGUCCCGCUCCUCCAGCUUCAGCUAUGACUUUUCGGCGCUUCUAGGGGGGGGGAGGAGCCGCAGUGGUGGCGGAUCCGUCACUGCUGCUGGCGCAGCAGGGGCAGCGUCAGGGGCAGGGGGGGGUAUUCCUCCUGGUGGCAGCGGUAUCAUGCGGGGAUUAAAACGAAGCGUGACUGACGUGAGGGACAAGCGCUUCAACCCAGAAAGCAUGGCCGGGGGAGGCAUGGCAGGCAUGGGCGGAAUGGGGGGAGUGGGGGGAAUGGGAGGGGGAGGAGGGGAGGGGGCGGGGGGCGGGCGGCAGGUGUGGCGGUGGAAGAUGAAACCGCGGGUGCGGGGCCCGCUGGGGGAGGCGCUGGUGCGGUGGCUGGAGCAGCAGAUGGAGAAGACGAGUCAGAUCAUGAAGCUCGCCAUGACCAUCAACCAGCAGGUCCUUCAGGACAUGCAAGUCCCCGACGCCUUUGUUCAACGCCUCCCAAAGAACGUGAGGGCGGUGGUGGGGGACAGGGUGUAUGCAGCAUUACAUGCCAACCCCUUCACAGAUGACAAGCUGCUCUCCACGGCGGACCUGUCCAAUCAGAAGGCGGCUCUCAAGCUCGCCUGCAAGCUCGAAGCAGCCGAGCAGAUCUGGAUGCGCCAGCUCGCCCUAGCAAGGGAGCCCCAGCUGAGCACGCUGGGCGGCAGUUAUUUGUCCACUAGCAGCCGGGACAUGGUGCGAUUGGAAGAGAGUCUGCAGCGCGUCUCCUCGUGCCUCGCUGCCAUCCGCCGCAGAUGGCCCGACCUGCCGCAGACCACUCUUGAUUUGGCAAAAAUCGCAUUCAAUGGGGAUAUUGGAAAGGCGGUCCUGGAAAGCUACUCACGGGUGCUUGAAGGAGCUGCCUCCAACAUCCGGUCGCGCAUCCGGGACGUGCUGCACGCCAACUACCUCUUCCUCAACCCGCAGCAGUUGGUCGACGUGCCCUGCGACCCGCACCCGCAGGGCCUGCGCCACCCCACCUUCAGCGUGCUCAUGCCCGAAACCGUCUUCGACGCCGUCUCCAUGUCCAGCGACAACAGCGAAUCCACCAAUGGCAGCGAUAAUAACGGAGCCUCCUCUAAGGGAGCAUUUUCUCGCAGAACUUCCCUUCUUCUCGCCGCAUCUGCCGGCGCGCUGCUCGCGGAUUGGUCCGUUCUCCCCGCGGCACAAGCGCUGCCGUUCUUGCUGCCGCUUUCUGGUUUCCGCCUUUACGUGGAUCGGCUCGACGGCUACUCGUUCUUCUACCCCGACUCGUGGAUAGAGGUGCGGGGGUCCGGACAGGAUUGUUUCUUCCGCAGCUCGUUCAACCUUGACGAGAACGUGAGCGUCGAGGUGUCGUCGCCCUCGUCCUCGCGAUUCGCGUCUGUGCGCGACCUGGGAGAUCCCCAGGCAGCAGGGCAGCGAGUAGAGAAGCAGCUUCUAACGGAGUUCAUGUCCACGCGGCUGGGCGUGCGGCGCGAGGCCACCCUCAUCUCCUCCGCCAGUCGCAUCGUGCCAGCUGGCACCCGGAGGAGAGGCGCCGGGGAGCAGGAGGAGGACGCGGAGUACUAUGACGUGGAGCUGAACGUGAAGUCGUAUGCCAACAACAACCAGAUGGCCAUAAUGCCGGACGAGCGAGUGCAGGUGCUCGAGUGGAACCGCCGCUACCUCAUAGUGCUUGCAGUGGCCAACAGACGCCUCUACCAGCUGCGCCUGCAGGUACCCGAGAGGCUCCUGGAUUCUGAAAGGCCUGUGCUGCGGCAAGUCAUGGACUCUUUCCGUGUGUUCAGCGUUGCCGAGUAG